AGCUUGCUCCCUCACCAACAUGACAUCCCUUCAAACUUCUAAACAUGGCUGCUAUGUUGCCUCUUAACCUUCUCUUCACCAAACUAAUUUAGUUUGUAAGCUAGUGACUGGGUUCGUUAUUCCUUUCUUCGUAGUCUCCGGAGGCUGACUUCUGCCCUGCUUUUUCCCAGGGGCUGCUCCUUUGAAACAGGCCGAAAGAUUCAGCUGGUGCAAAAAUGCUACCUGGUGCUGACUAUCCCCCACUUUAUCCAAGGAGCCUGAAGCAGCAUGCACAAUCUGCCCCCUUCCCCAGCCUGUCUUCACAACAACUCUGUGAGGUCGUAUAAGAUUUUUCUCCCCCCCCCCCCACCCCCUUCUACCUCUUGGAGGAUUCCGGAGCCGCCCGUCGACUGCCCUGCGGAUACGAUGCCAAAAGAUCUCCAAACGAUUCUAUAGUUUGACCCGAUGUUCUUAGGGAUUAUAUAUUUCUUUCUUCAAGAGUAAAGUGCACAGUCGAAAUCUCGGCCGCUGACAGAUAACUUUUAUUUUAAGAUCAUGGACCAUUUUCCUAGGGAGAAAGAUGAAAGGCAACGAACGGGGAAGGGAAACCCGGGGAGAAAUUCCCAUGGCUCCCGAGCGUCAAGUUCCACGUCGGCCUCCGGUGUCCUUAUGGUCGGUCCCAAUUUCAGAGUGGGCAAGAAGAUAGGCUGCGGCAAUUUCGGAGAGCUCAGGUUAGGCAAAAAUCUUUACACAAAUGAAUACGUAGCAAUCAAACUGGAGCCGCUAAAAUCACGUGCCCCGCAGCUCCAUUUAGAGUAUAGAUUUUAUAAACACAUUGGCUGUUCAGCAGAAGGCUUCCCCCAGGUGUACUAUUAUGGGCCAUGUGGAAAGUACAAUGCCAUGGUACUUGAGCUCCUUGGACCAAGUUUGGAGGACUUAUUUGACCUCUGCGAUAGAACGUUUACUCUGAAGACCGUUUUAAUGAUAGCCAUCCAGCUGAGUCCCCCACAAAGGCUUGUGGGUCCCGCAACCCCAGGAAGCAACUUUUCCCAUGUUGGAAGGGACUGCUAA